UAACGUAUUUCAGGGUCUGGUUAUUUACUGUUGAAUGGAAUAUAUACUGUAAACUGCUGUGGUAGAAUAAAAAUGUGGGAGUUUAUUCCUGUAAAUACUGGCGGUUUAACAUUUGUUAUCAUGAGAAAGACGAAUGAUAACAAAUACAAAUGUAUUGGCUCAAACCAAAUACAUAUCCCAGCAACAGACCUUCGAAAAUCAGUCCAGUUCAUUGUGUCUGAAGAUAAACGGAUUGUUAUAAGCCAGGGAGACGUAAUUGGAUGGUUUGAUAGCGGCAGAAACAUUGUUGGAUUCCAAGAUUGUUUCCAAGUCAAUGAAACGUGUCCACUGUCGUUUAGACUUAGCAAUGAUGUCGGUGAAGGAGAUGUCAUUGAUAUUGAAAGUUUAAGCAGAAUGUCAAACAGAAUUUAUACCAUGAAUUAUUCAACAAUUGAAAACAGACCUAUCGCUUUUGGUUUACCAUCUGAACCUGUCACCAUUCCCGAUCACUUAAACGUGGACUCAUUUGUGACCACAAUACCCAUAUCUGAUCCAGACUAUGGAGACUAUAUACAAGAUUUCAAACUAGACUACGACAAUGAAUAUUUUUAUUUUGAUACCACACUAAGAAGUGUUUAUGUUAAGGAAGCUUUACCACACAUAGUAGGACAACAUAAUACAACUCUCAACAUACUUUUGACAUGUGAGGACUCAUGUUUCAAUUCUGCCACUGCAAACAUUACUAUAACAUCAUUCAAUGUUCCCCCUGAAGUGAGUGACUUUACAGAUGAACUGAUGAUAGACCCAAACAAACUUUCAAAUGACUCAAGAUUUCACAUAUUCAGCGUUGAAGACCCCUCAGAUGAUAAUAUAUCUUGUGGUAUGAAAAACGCCUCUUAUUCUACAGACAUAUUUGCUUUAGAGAUGGACGACAAUGAUAUUUAUUUACGUUUCACCAACCAUACAGAAAUUUCAAAUAAUUCAUCAUCAGAAUAUAAACUCGACAUUUUCUGUGAGGACGGAACAGAAGAAACAGUAUUCAAACUGACUGUCAAUGUUCAUUCAAGGAAAAACGAUCAAACAAACAUAGGAACCGAUCCUGAUGUAACACAUAUAGUUAUAAUUGGUAUUUGUGCUUUUAUAAGUGUACUCUUUGUCGUUCUGUUCAUAUUAGCUUUAAUUCUGAAUUGCCGAAGCAAACGUAUGAUGAGAGAAAGUUCAGAGGGAAGAAUUAACACUGACAUGUCUACAAUAGAUAAAACUGUUGAACCGAACCCAGAUGUUGAAAUGGAACAAACUGUAAAUCAACAAAAAGCGAAUGUUUAUGUUGAAAUGUCUGCAGCCGGUAAGCCCUAAAGUGAAAAUGCAUGACCAUAUGGAGACGUGCUAUAGUAGCCCCUGUAAUCCAGCGUGGAGUGAUCCAUUAGUCUUUACGUACUUUUCGCAAGACCUUUAUUAUUAUUACUAAAUUGUUUUAAUUUCAAUAUUUGUAUAAUAAAGUAUUGUACUGCA